GGUAGACAGUGCAACCCGCCCGGCGCGCAUCUUCAGUUGGCCCGGAGAUACUUUCCCGACCCGACCGAGACCAGUCUGCCUGCUCUCUCCCCGGCAAAAGGGCACUUUGGAUUGUUCUGCUGUGCUGAUGUGCUUUGCCUUGUGCCCCGGUUCGUGAAUUGAAAUCUAGUUUCUCCGCCACCUGCGACCCGGCUGCACCGCUCAGGGCAUGAAACCCUUCACCACAACCACCACGCUCGCGACGGUCCUGAUCGUCGCGAGCUACCUUCUAGCUGCCCACGCAGACAAUAGCAAUGCAAAGAAAGUUGCCCGACGAGGCGCGAGCAAUGUCGAGUUCCUGCCAUCGAUUUCGCGGUCGCUGCCCGUCAGCCGGUACCAGCAAUUUCCGAGCCACUAUUUUGACCGAAACACUCCUGCCCUGAUCACCCGACACCGGCCCGGCCCGAGGCGUCUGGUCCACGGCAAACCACCCCCGUACGCCGUCCAGAUGGAGCCCCUGGUGCAGUACUCCCAGAGAGACCCUCUCUACCAGGAAAUCGGCGGUGACCUGGACCGGAAGUACCACUCGUCCGGCCCCCGGUAUAACCAGCACUACCAGUCCCACUCGCCCAAAUAUGUACUCAUCAAGGAGCCGGAGCCCAUCAUUGAAAUCAUCGUGCAAGAGUCCAACGAAACCCUGCCGACGCCGGCCCCCCUCGAUCUGCCUGCCACCAACAAGCCCCGCGAGCCCGUGGAGGUUUUCUACGUGAAAUACAAGAAGGACGAGCACAGCGACGGCGUCAUUUACGAUAAGCCGGUGCCUGCGGUCACGCCGUCAGAGCCGCUGGAUGUUCCUGCCCAUGGCGUCGAGGACAGCACUCCUGGCACCUACGGACCGCCCACGUACGCGCCGACGCCCGCUCCCCUGGGACCGUCCACAACGCUGAGGACGAUCAUCAAACCCGACUCUGAGCAGGUGCACGUGUCCACCGGCGGCUUGAAAAUCUCCUUUGGCGCUCCCAAAGAAGAGCAUUCAUACAAGGCCAAGAGACAACAGCCAUCUUUCGGCGCGCCCUCUCCCCGUUUCCAGUCGUCGUCAUCCUUCAGUCCGCAACUCUCCUCAGGGCCGGAUUUCCCCACACAAAGCAGGUUCCUGUCUCCGCCUCCGAGGGGUUCUCCGACCCCAUUCGUCUCUUCUUUUUCGCGACCGAAUCUGCCCCAGUUCACCGGCAAAUUCGAAUCCUUCCAGCAGGGCCCUUUCAGCUUCGGAGGAAAACUGGAGCCCGUGCCAUUCAAGCAGCCAUCGACCGGAAAGAUUGAGUUCUACGAUGGUAGCCAGUUUGGCAGCUUCCUGCCCGAUACGCACCCGAGGUUCAACGAACCAGUGAAUGCCCUGCCUCCGCCGCCCCCGUUCGCCUCAAGACCAACCUUCUCUUCCCCAACGUCGUUCGCUGGCCCCACGGUUAGCUCUUUCAGGAGUCGUCCGGCGCGGCCCUUCCCCCAGGCGUUCGUCGCUUCGCAGCCGCAGUUUUCUCAGUCCCUGCCAUCUCCGCCAUCGACCAACUUCCCUUCUGCUGCCAGUUUCGCCAGCAGACUACCGCAGCCUCUGCCGUUUUCGUCUCAUCCCUCGACGUUCACGCAUUUUGAACAAAAACCGCAGCAACCUGCUUUCAAGCCUCUGCCGACAUUCGAGCCAGCCACUACAGAGCACACUUCACCCCAACCGUCACCACCAACAACUCACAGACCUCCAACCUCACAUCAUACUGCCGCAAGACCAGUCUUUGCCCAACAACCUACAGCUGGACCUGAGAUUGUAAAAUCCCUGUCGCCUAGUGCGGAUGAGCUGAGACAGCAGCAGCAAGAGCAAUUCAGGCGCGAGCAAGAAUACUUCCAUGAAAUCCAGAAAAUCCAGCACGAACUGGAACUGCGCAAAAAUAAUCAAACGAACACCGCCACAAGCAAAGCACCGUUGUUCACAAUUACCACUUCUACUAAAAAGGCCACGGCAGACAAUCACAAAAAUAAUGUAGCAUCCGAACCCACUACAACUCCUGCGCCAUCCGUCCCCAGCAACGUUGUUCUUCCCGACGAAGUCCCUGAUGACCUCAGAAAGCAGCUCUUGGAAUCUGGAAUUUUGAGCAACGCCGACAUCCAGAUCUUGGAUUACGACAAGGUUGGAGACAUUCCAGUCGACUCCCUUCCUCCUGAGGCCCUCCAGCAAUUCCUUGGAGCCACCAAGGGAGGUGCUGCUAGCGCAAGUGAACCUGUCCCUCAAAUUGUUCUUCCUGCUUCAUCUCACAGAAGGUCAGGGGAGGAAGAUAAUGUUGCAGAAGCUUCCAAUCUAGGUAGCAACAAUAUUCCUGGCCCUGUGGAAGUAAAAGUAGUGCGAUACCACCAUGGAGAAGAAGAGGGAGCUUCUAGGAAAUACUUGCAAGACGACGCAGCCACGCUGGACCCUGUCAAACUGAACGCCGCCGGUUACAACAGCUAUCUGCCGCUGACUGUCAACGGAGACUAUUUUCCUAUUCCCCCUGCAAAAGAGCUGCAGGGCCGGGCCGUAACCAGCGUCGUCGUUCUGGCACCUGUUGUUCAAGAAGACAAACAAUUUGCACGCCGCAAUGGACACGUGCUUGAGACAGAACAAAGCGUGGAGUUCGUCGCUGGAAGGACACUGACCGACCUUGUGAAAAAACCAUCCAAACAAGCCUUCAAGAAAUUUUUUGACAACGAGAAAAAGACCCCUACAAGCAAGCAGUCCGUUGUCCUUCUCGUAACGAAAAGCGCGGAAGAAGGAGGAAAGGAUGAAGCUGACGACGAUGAGGAGAAGGAGAUUUUCAUGUAUGACGUGAACACGCAGCAAGUGAGGAAACUGGAGGGUGAGCUGAGCAGCAGUUUCGUGCAGUUGGCCCUCGAGAACAGUAGCAACCAGGAGGAGCCAGCUACGGAGAAAGUUCCCAGCAAAGCUGAAGCCACCACGACAGAAGCACCGCCGAAGAAAGAGUCCGUUUCAAUUUCAUCUGGAUACAGCAGAACCGCGCAUUAAGCUGGCCACCAAUUCAGCUUACUGUGCCAACAUGGGCCAAAUUUUAGACAGUUGGGAAUUAGUAAGGGAUGAUUCAUUAUUUAUUAAAGCAAUUAAUAUGAGAGAAUAUGUAUAUGAGAGAACUGCGUGGAUUGUCUAGCUGGUAAUGACACUAUGCAUUUGAAUACGAAAUUUUUGUUUAGUGCAAAAAUUUCAUUCAGAAUUGCUUCAAGUUGCCGAAAAUUGUUAAAAAAAUGUGUUCACAUAUAUUUUUUCUGUUGAAGUUUUCUUUUAAGGCACACUGCAUCAACUGACAUUACUCUUGUACAGGUAGAUGAAUAGUGAAUAAAUGGCGCUUUUUUACAAAACAAAA